ACACAUAGUUUUCUCAAAAGAAGAGAAAAGCAAAUUAAGAGUGCUAGGAGGGUUGAGGAAAUUGAAUAGUUUUCUUCGAAGAGAAGAAACGCAAAUUAAGGUUUAAGCCACAAUUGAAAAUUGUUGUCGUCGUCGUAGCCUCUCCACUCGAUGGACGCAGCAGCGCUGGAGGUCACAAUUAUAUCUGCGGAUGGUCUGAAAAACGUAAGAAAGUUGGGGGGAAGAAUGCGCACUUAUGCAGUUGUAUGCAGUAACGACGACGUUAAUUCGAGUGCAUCUACGCGGAUUAACAAAGAUGAUGGGUGUAAUCCUGUUUGGAAUGAGAAGCUGCAGCUGAGGAUUAGCAGUGGAUUGCAUGCUUGUUCUCUAAACAUUCAAAUCUAUUGCAAGACAAGCUUUGGAAAGCGAGUAGUGGGAAGGAGCAAAGUGCCGUUGUCCGACAUAACAUUGGGUUACGGAGCACCCAACGGUUUACAUUACCUGAGCUAUCGAUUGAGGACAAAGAAUGGAAAGCGCAGUGGUACCAUCGAUCUCUCUCUGCGGAUUUUGACACAGCCUAACCGCCCUCAAAUGUUUAAUCCUUCCAUUUCAAAGUUUCCAGGCCAAGGAAGUUAUCAAAACAGUCAUCCUUUCUCAAACGGAAUGUCGGCACCUGGGCGUCAUCAGUUGCAGCAAAAUACAGCAGUGAAUGGGGUGCCAUCGACGUGUAUGGGUUACCCUCAGAGUCAGAGUCACUCAUCUCCAUACUUAUCUGCUCCUCCCUCCUUUUAUCCACCGCCACAAUAUUAGCUGUAUCAUAUCAUAUCUAUGACUCAUUCAAUACUCUGUAAUCGCCCUAUUGCACCUACAAAUUCUCCUUUGUAAACGCGUUAUUCAGGUUACAAGACAACUGUACUACUAAAAAGAGUGGGGGCUAUCAAGUUCCACAGCUGUGCA